GCACGGAUUAGUUGACUAGUAUAUAUACACGAGUCCUAAUUUAAGUUAUAAAUAUACUCCAGAAAACGUAUAUAUAGGUCCCAGAAAACGUAUGAAACAGAAGUAGAAUUUGAUAAAAACAUUAUUAAUAGAUUAAUGGAGUGGCUUUCAUCAAUUAUUAGGCUCUUGCUGGGUUUCCAAGUUCCUCUUCUUGCUUCUCUCUGCUGUACUAAUGAAUUGGCCAUGGCGGACACAUCAACCACUAAAUUCGUCGGCUGCCUCUCUGCUGCGCUCCCAAAUGUUAGACUCUCUGAUAUUUUAUAUCAGAAAAACGAUUCCAAAUUCACAUCCGUUUUUGAUGAUUACGUGAGGAAUCUCCGGUACAACACCUCCAACAUUCCCAAACCGGCGAUCAUCGUGACUCCGUUGACGGAAGCCCAAGUUCCGGCAGUGGUCGUGUGCGCUAAGGCUGCCGGAAUUGAGAUUAGAAUCCGGAGCGGCGGACACGACUACGAGGGGGUCUCUUAUGUCUCCCCCGCUCCGACGUUCAUCAUCCUCGACAUGUUUAAUCUCCGGUCGGUCGACGUCACCAUUGAGAACGGCACGGGGUCGGCGUGGGUGCAAGCCGGAGCUAUCCUCGGGGAGCUUUACUACGGGAUCUACAAGAAGAGCCCGGUUCACGGAUUCCCCGCCGGUGUCUGCCCAACCGUGGCCGUCGGCGGGCACUUCAGCGGCGCUGGGUACGGGAACAUGCUCCGGCAGUACGGGGUGGCGGUGGACCACGUGGUGGACGCGCGUAUAGUGAACGCGAGCGGGGCGAUUCUGGACCGGAAAGGCAUGGGGGAGGAUUUGUUCUGGGCCAUCCGCGGCGGCGGCGGCGCAAGCUUCGGGGUGAUCCUGGCGUACAAAAUCGAACUGGUUGCCGUCCCGGCGAAGGUGACGUAUUUCCGAGUGGAGAAGACGGUGGAGCAGAACGGGACGGGGGUGGUGAUGGACUUCCAGAAGGCGGUUACCACCAUGGACAGCCGCCUCUUCGUCCGCCUCCUCUUGCAGCCGAAAACCGUCAAUAAGAAGCGGGGCAUCAAAACCGUCAAAAUCACGGCCAUCGCCCUGUUCCUGGGGAGCACCGGCGAUCUGGUAAGCGUGGCGAAGCAGGAAUUGCCGUCUCUGGGACUCAAUUCAACGAACUGCGUGGAAAUGAGCUGGAUCGAGUCGGUUCUGGAAUGGGCGAAUUUCAACCACACAACCACCCGACCCGAUAAGCUGCUGAGCAGAAACCCGGGCCAAUUGAAGUUCGGGAAGAGGAAAUCCGAUUACGUGGUGGCGGCGAAGCCGAUCCCCGAAGAGGGCCUGUUGAAGCUGUGGGAUAAAAUGAAGGAGGGAAAGGUAGGGAUGGUGUUCAACUCCUACGGCGGAAACCUGGCGAAAAUCGCAGCCGACGCGACGGCGUUCCCUCACCGCGCCGGGAAUCUAUACAAAAUCCAAUACUCCGUAUCCUGGGAAAAUGCAGGAGAGACGGAAGAGAAUCUGAACCAGGCCAAGGCUUUGUACGAGUUCAUGACCCAAUACGUUAGCUCCGGACCAAGACAGGCGUACCUGAAUUACAGAGAUCUGGACAUCGGCACCAACGAGAAGAACCAAUCCAGUGUGUUCGGCCCCAUGUACUUCCAUAACAACUUUCAGAGGCUGGUUCAGAUUAAGAAGAAGGUCGACCCUGAUAAUUUCUUCAGGUAUGAACAGAGCAUCCCGCUAACUUCCGCCUGAACGCCCGCCGUCACACCUUCUCCGAUUAUUUUACAUUUCCACGUGCUUUUGUUUCUUUCAUUCAGACAUAUCUCUACGUGUGACAGAACAGAUGGAUACCCGCACCAAAUCGACCCGGUCAAAAUGAGGAAAACCGCAUUGACCGGGUAACGGGUAUGGGACGGGGAAUAUCCAUUUUGUUUUUACGGGUAAUGAGGCGAUUACGGUUUUAUACAUGUUCGCCCCAUUACCUGCCCAAUACCCGUCUCGUUUAUUUGUAGUUAUAUUUUUAUUAUAUUUUUAUCUAUUAUUUGUCUCACAACUAUUAAAAUAUUAGAUUUUUUUCUUACUAUUGUGUAUAUAUAGAUAAUAGAUGUCCUAACUAUAAUAUAAAUGAAAGUUCAUAAUAGAUAUUAAUAGUCUUGUUUGAUUAUUA